AUGGCGGCUGUCAUGACCGAUUUUGAGCCUUGGUUAAACAAUAAAUUAAAAUCUCUUAAAACUGAUGAAAAUGUGUUUGGAUCGUAUAUUUCAGGGAUUUUGGAAGCCGAAGAUUCUAUAGAUGAUAAAAGAGACGCUUUAGAAGGCAUACUAUCUGAAAUAGUGGAAUCUGAUAUAAUAAUCCACGUUAAUGAAAUUAUUGAAAAAUGGGAAUCUUGCAAACCAACCGACGAGUGCCCAAAACUAGUAUCAAAUAUAGAUGUCGAUAUACAACUUGCGAAGAUGUUAGAAUCUCAGUCACUUGCAACUACUACUCGACGUGAAUAUACCGAUGAAGAAAAAAAGAUACGAGAAGCCAUAUUAUCUCAGUAUAGCCAACUAUCUGAUAAUGAGGAAGAGGCAGGACCAGCUGAUGAUAGUGAAGGCCCUGAAUUAGUUAGAAAUACAAAUGCAUUAGAUGUUGCAACAGCAGCCAAAGAACGACGCGAAAAUGCAAGACUUGAGGCUCAGAGAAAGAAAGAAAAAGACAGAGAAGAUAGGGAAAAACAGAAACAGUUGAAAGAGGAAAAAAAAGAGAAACGUAAAACACAAAAGUCCGAACGAAAGAGAUGA